GAGACUACGGAGCUGUCAAACAGCAACAAUCGCCUGAAAUAUUAUCCCGGGCGGUCCAACAAACAUCGUACUUUGCUCUUUUGUGGAAACAAGGACGACAGAAGCAGAAUUCGAUAUCGCCUUAUGCAUUAACUCUAAGGAAAUGUUGACUUUUAAACGGUUGGCCACGAAAAACUUCCUUUUGCUGUUUGUUGGUGGUUCUCAGGCUAAUGUUUGUUAGCUCUUCGCUUAGCUCGAGUUUUGUUGACAAACUAGCGUUCCUUGCUAGUUUCUGAGCAGCUGCGUUUCCAGCUUCAGGGGGUCGCUUGCCGACUUGUUUUUUGGAGUGCUGUAAAGUUGGGAAAGGCAUGGGUCCCAUGAAGUGUUAAUGCAAACAUCUCCAUGAAAUGAUAACAGGUAUCCAAGGGCUUUCUAUACAUCUGUCAAACAUGUGAAAACGCUCUCAUCCUGGUGUCCAUCCAGUUACAAGCAGCAAGGAACCGGACAAGUAGGAAACAUCCUGGAUUUGCCAGUGUGUGUGUCGCCAGUUGAAACCUAAGUCUUCGUGCGUGACACAUUUUCUCCCAGGAAACAAACUUAGUAAAGUCCCUGCUCCGCUAAAACAAUCCUGUCCUCAUGUCAUGUGGGUACAUCACAGAAAAAAACCCAUAUUACCCACAUCAUCUUUUACGCCAUGGACCGGAAUAAACGCAAUUCCAUCGCUGGGAUCCCUACGCGACCCGAACGCAUCAACGAGGACAGAGAUGGCGUCGGAGGCGUAGGUGGCUUUGAGAUGGGCAUGGGCCCGCCUUCACAGGUGGGCAGGGUGUGGCCCUCGUCCUACAGAGCUCUCAUCAGUGCCUUCUCCUGUCUCACACGCCUUGAUGACUUCACCUGUGAGUGGAUCGGCUCGGGAUUCUUCUCUGAUGUCUUCAAAGUUCGUCAUCGAGCCACAGAUCAGGUCAUGGCUAUGAAGAUGAACAAAAUCAGCAGCAACAGAGCUAACAUGUUGAGAGAAGUCCAGCUCAUGAACCGGCUCUGCCAUCCCAACAUACUCAGGUUCAAGGGUGUGUGCGUCCAUGAGGGCCAGCUCCACGCUCUGACAGAGUACAUAAACGGUGGAAACCUGGAGCAGCUUCUAGACGGAAACAAACAUCUGAGUUGGCCCAUGAGGGUGAAACUGGCCUGCGACAUCGCCAGCGGCCUGGCUUACUUGCACUCCAAAGGCAUAUUCCACCGGGACCUCACCUCCAAGAACUGCCUGAUAAAGUGUGAGGACAACGGUUACGCCGCAGUGGUGGGAGACUUCGGCCUGGCAGAGAAGAUCCCCACCAAUCUUGCUGAGGUGGAGAAGCUGUCCGUGGUUGGUUCUCCUUUCUGGAUGGCUCCAGAGGUGCUGAGAGAUGAGCCCUACAACGAGAAGGCCGACGUGUUCUCCUACGGUAUCGUCCUGUGUGAGAUCAUAGCGAGGGUGCAGGCUGACCCCGACUUCCUCCCCCGCACAGAGAACUUCGGCCUGGAUUAUCACACGUUCCAGCACAUGGUGGGAGACUGUCCGCCCGACUUCCUGCAGCUGGCCUUCAACUGCUGCAAUAUGGAUCCUAAGCUCCGUCCAUCGUUCACCGAGAACGUCAGGCACCUCGAGGAGAUUCUCGUCCGCCUUAAAGUGGAAGAGAUGGAGCACGAGUGUGUUUCUCUCAGCGGGGAGAACGACAAGAAGACGAUACCCAAAGGUGAAAAGAUCCAGGGCUUCAAGCGACUGAACCCCCUCGGCUUCCAGGACGAUAAAAUCCCUCAGAAGUCGCCCCGCCCGCGACGGAAUAUCUGGCUCAGCCGCAGCCAGUCAGACAUUUUCUCAUGCAAACCGGGGAGAAAAGUCAACGUCCAGGACCCUUACUACAACCCCCCCGUCACCCAGCGGGCCUCCAAAGCUCGCAAGAUAAACCCGUUCACUGCCCGGGAGGACCUGUGCGGGGGCAAGAUCAAGUUCUACGACGUGCCCAGCAAGUCGGUGUUCUCGCUGGUGUUCGACCUGCACUCGCCCCCGGGGAGCGUGUUCAGCGACCCGUCGUCCGCUAACGGACCUGGGGGAGCCCAACAGGGGACGUCUUACUACUGGCAGCAGCUUCCAGGGAGGCAGUGUCACUCGGUGCCCGUCUCCCCCCAGCUGCCCCGCUCUGAGAUCUUCCAGCACCUCGCUGCUGCCGUCAGCUCCAACAACAACGGCUCCGUCACCUCCAGCCAGCUGUCCACCACGCUGCCAGCAAUUAGCUCCAGGUCUGAUACAGGCCUGAUGGGAAAUGAAGUCCGGCAGAAGGCAGCGCUGACUAGCUGGGCAAAGAAAUACGUCGUGGUUGAGAUCCCACCUUACUGCAGGCAGAGAGGAGGGGAGGAGGAGGAGGAGGAGGAAGAGGAGGAGGACGCUAGGAAGGAGGAGGAGGAGGAGGAGGAGGAAGAGUUGGGGGAGAGCUGGUCUCCGAUGGUCCCCAGCAGUGACAGAAACAGUGGAGAAGCUAUGGACUGCUCCUGCAGCCUGGAGGAGGAGGGCAAACGCCUGCCCCCUGUAACACACAUGUAAAUCCACACACACACACACACACGAUGGAGGUGGUGGGAGGGGUGUGGUGGAUACCCCUGGAUGGAGAAGUGGACUGAAACAUCCGACACAUUUCAAGAAAAAUAAUAGAAAAGAAAAAUGCACUUGAUUUUUAUCUUUCAAGUGAACGUCUCACAUGAGUUAAUCAAACACACCUGUUGUAAUAAAACUCUCCCAGCACCCAGGUGUGAUGGAGGGGGGGGGGGGGAGUCUCCCUUUAGCACAAACAGAAAGCUUUUAUCCACACAAUGGACGCUCAGCGUAGAGAUUAUUUUUUGAAAAGGUUGUUUAUAUUUAAUAUUGUGAGAUGAUGUAGAUUUUCGUCCUCUAAAGGUUUCUUAUAUUAGGUGUCUCGUAUGACGAGGGGAUUUGGAGAUUCCUCGUGUUGUGUGAGUGUCUUGAUACUUUCCUCCUGUGUUCUAGACAAAUGUUUAUACUAAAUGUUAAAAAACAUCCCAUAUUUUUCUGAGACAGUGGGGUGAUUAUAAUAACAGAAUUCAAGGUGAUUUAUAAUAAUUGAGUGCCUGGAAUACAACACUCACGAGAUGGAUUCAAAGAGGAGACGGUUUUAGUUUGAUGACAUACUGUAGUUGUCCUUUUUUCUGGUUAGAUGCACAGUAAAUGAGUCAGACUUACACCGUUCAACAGUCAAAGCAGAGCCGUCAGUUUGUAAUUUGUUCAUAAAUCUCUCGCUGCUACUUGAGUUUAUCUGAUGAUUUCGGCAGCUGCUCGUACAGAGAGAGCCUCCCGUAGCUCCUGAUAUUCAGAUUUCAGAGGUGCAUGUGUGAAAAAAGGACUUAUGUGUACCAUCAAUUAAAUACUGCACAGUGAAACUUAUAAUAAAGGUUCAUUAAGAUCAUUUACAGUGUGACGGGGCUGUAAAAAGUGUCCUAAAACAGCGUCAUAAAACAGAUGAGGAGAGGCUUUCUGAGUCUGAGAGGUCAAAAUGUCAUGUCAUCAGUAUGAAGACUAAAUGUUCUAUUAUUCUGUCAGCAAGAAUUCAGUAAAAUCACAUUUGAUUUAAUUCCUUUUUAUCUCAAAGACAAAACAGUGAAUUUCCUUCCUAAAAACUCAAGAGACUUCAGGGUUUGCAGUGAUUUGCAGGGCACUCACAGAAUACAGCUCGGGUUGGAUAAAUAAUAUUUUAAAUGAGAGUAAAAAGCCCAUUAGGAUGAUUUCUGAUGUCAAGUUUUCCCCUUUCUUGUGAGGAAAUAUAAGACAGAGAGCCAAGCUGAGUACUAAUAGUAUUUAGUAUCUAAAAUAUGUCUUUCAUCACAAAAUAUUAGUACUAAAUAAAUGCAAAUGUUUAAGUUUUCCCUCCUGAAAAGAUGCUCAGUUCUAGUGGCAACAUUUGACCUAAAAUGAGAUGUGUGUUUUUCUAAUUGAAGCCCAUUCACAAUCUGAAGUGUAAAUCUCUUAUUUUGAGUUAUUGUUUUAUUCAAUUCUUUUAUUGAAACUCUCCAGUGAAUAUCUAAGCUACACGUCCUCGGGGUAAAGGCUCUGUUAUCUCUAUCCUUCAAACAGCAACCGUCCUCCUUCAUGUUCUCUGCUGACCUUCAAUAGGAACUAAAUGCACUUGUACAGCGAUCUCCUCUGAACUACUUAUCACUACUUUUCUAUGCAAGCGAUGUAACUUUCUAUGACACUGUGUUACAGUAUAAAGGAUCUAAUUUGAUAUUUAUGAGAAAGCAUUUUUAAUGUCUUACCUUUGUAUAUUUGUGUAAAAAGUUUGUGUUACCUGCCUUGAUGAAUACAGAUUGAAAUGUCUUUGCUGAUCGAAUAACAAAAACCUCUCUGAGUUUU